UAACGCGCUUCCUAACCUCUUAAUAAAACGCACGAAAUCGUAAACAAAUUUAACCGGCGUGCAAAUACAAUUAAAACAAGCGUAAACGCUUGUAUUUCUUAUAAUUUUACUAUAAAAGUAGUUAUAAAUAUUCUCCACAAUGGCUGCUAUGCCAAUCAACCCCAAACCAUUCCUUAAUUCACUCACAGGAAAAGCUGUGAUGGUAAAACUCAAGUGGGGACACGAAUAUAAAGGUUAUUUGGUUUCUGUUGAUGGCUACAUGAAUCUACAACUUGCAAAUACUGAAGAAUUUAUUGACGGACAUGUAGCAGGAAACUUGGGAGAAGUUUUAAUACGAUGCAACAACAUUCUAUUCAUUCGAGGAUUUGAUGAGGAAGAUGAAGAAGGAGAAACCAGGGACUAAUAUUCACUAAUUGCACAUUAGAAUAAUUUUAUUUUAUAAGUUUUCAAUCAAAAAUAAACCGUCUUCAUUUCUA